AUGUAUUCUUUGAUAAUAAAAUUUUAUAUUCAAUUUAAAAAUCGUGUACUUGAUUUAUCAUAUACAUAUGGAUUUUUUGUUGCCGAUAAUUCACUUUAUAUUAUAUUAAUUUGUAUUGGAAUAUUUCUUUUAAGUUUAUUUCAAAUAACGACAAAUGUAUCACCAUUACGUAAUUCACUUGAAAUAUUUACGGAAUCAGCAAAAAGAUUUCAUCCAGUUCAAGCUCGUUUAGAAUUAAAUCAAAAUGAUCAAUUUCAUGAUAAACGACCUGAUAAACCACUUUGGUAUUCCGGUUAUCCACUUGCUUAUGUACAACAUAUUAUUGUUCGAUGUUCAUCUUUAACAUCACGUUCAUCAUGUCUUUUACAAGUGCGUCAGAUACGUGAACGUCUUUUUGCUGAUCCUCAAUUUGAUAAUAAUUGUUUGAGAGUUAGUGAACCAAUAAAGACUCAAGAAAUGUUAUCAUAUUUACCUUCGUUUGGUUGUCUUUUUCUUUCACCACUGAAUCUUUGGUCAAAUGAUAUUUCAAAUAUCAUUAGUAAUGAACAAGAAAUUCUUGACUCCAUAUUAUCAUUAUCAAAACCUUAUCGAGAUAUUAUAUUUGGUAUUCCACAAGAUUAUAUUUCAUUAAAUAAAUCAAUGACAUAUGCAAUUACAAUUCUAUUUAUGAAUACUUCAACUGAAUAUCGACAAGAAUUAAAAAAUCGACUAUUUGCUUUAGAUGAUCAACAAGAUGAUAUUAUUCAUAUUUAUUUCUCUCGAAAAUCAUUUGUUUAUUAUUUACCACUUAUUCUUAUUUAUAUUGUUGUUUUUCUUUAUAUUUAUUAUUCAGUUAAUCAAUUUGAAUGUGUUAAAUCAAAAUGGGGUCUUGCAUUAGCAGCAACUGUUCAAAUCGUUGCUUCAUUAUUAAUUUCCUUAGCUAUAUCAUCACUUUUUCAUACAACACCACGUCUUGAUGGUGGUGAAAUCUUUCCAUAUCUUGUUAUAUUUAUUGGUCUAGAAAAUUUAGUUGUUUUAACUCGAUCCGUAACAUCAUUACAAGCUCAAAAACAAUUUGAUGAUAUACGUGAACGUGUUGCAUAUGGUCUUCGUUCAGAAUCAUGGACAAUAUCAAAACAUUUAUUUUAUGAAUUAAUUAUUGUUCUUAUUGGUUAUUUAACAUAUGUACCAACAGUACGAGAAUUUUGUUUAUUAGCAUUAAUUGGAAUAUUAAUUGAUUUUUUUAUGCAAAUUCAUUUUUGGUUAGCAGUUUUAAGUAUUGAUAUACGAAGAUUUACAGUUGGAAGAAGAAGAAAUUCGAAAAAAUCUUUACCAAUAAGAAUGACAAAUAUAAUUCCAAGAAAAUCAACACAAUCACAAUGGUUUCGUUAUAGAUUUUUACAACGAGGUUUUAUGAUAUUUAUACUUAUAUGGUUUAUUUUAAUUUUCUAUAAAUCAUCUUUAAUUGUUGAUUUAUUACAUAAAAAUGUACAAAUUAAUCGUGAAGAAAUUAAAGAUUUUAUACCAGAGAAAAUGCUUAAUGAACAUUUUGGUUCUGAAUCAUUUUCAUAUCAAUAUCAGUCGAAUGAAAUUUUACAAGAACAUACUAUUAAUAAUAUAUCAUCAGUUAAUUUUGAAUGGCCAACACUUUUAUCAUUUGAUCAUUGGCCAACAUUAUUUUCUUAUUAUAAUAUUUCAUAUGAUAAUCGUUAUUUAACUAUCAUGCCAUCAAUUUAUUUACCAAUAAUUAAUUCGGAUCAUCAACAAUUAAAUAUAAAAACAAAUCAUAUUCAAAAUAAAACAUCUUCUCCAACAUCAAAUUCAAGUGAUUACCGAUUUUCUAGUGCUAUAUGGGAACUUUUCUAUAUUAUUCUAUUUGGUUUAAUAAUAUUUACUGUAAUCUAUUUCUAUUUUAAAUCAUCUUCUAAUCAUAAUCGAACACAAUCGUGUAUAAUAAAUGAUUAUCCAAGUCUUCCAGCAGUGCUUCCACCUCCGCUAUCAUCAUUAUUAAUUGAAUCUUUAUGUAUAAAUGAGAAUGGAAUUGUUUUAACUGUUGUGUAUUCAAAUGGUUUCAUUCGUUUAUGGAAUUUACAAACUGGUGGAAUUAUUUCUGAUCAACAACGUUAUACAUCAUCAGAAACAAAUUUAAGCCAUGUAUGGUGCUCAUUAAUGUUAAAUGAUCAAACAUUUCUUUUAGGUUGUUCAAAUAAUUCUAUUGAAUUUUAUUCAUAUAAUUUUAAAUCUCAAAAUAUAAUUUCUUGUGAGAAUGAUCUUGGUGGUAUAACACAUCUUAUUCGUGUAUCAUCAAUAUUUAUUAUAAGUAUAACACGUCGUGGUUAUUUAAUUACAUUUGAAUAUAUAAAUAAUAGAAUUAGACAAAUUUAUAUAAAAAGAUUACAUCAAUGGCCAAUACAUGUUUGUAAAAUAGAUCCAAAUGGAUCUUUAGUAUUUACUGGUAGUGAUGAUUAUUCAAUAAAAGUUACAGAUAUAUCAAAUGGAUUAUGUUUAUAUAAUUUACAUAAACAUCAAGCACCUGUUAAUUGUCUUGCUAUUGAUCCAUAUAAUUCAACAAUAUUUGUCAGUGGUUGUUUUAAUGGCACAUUAUGUUUAUGGAAUAAAGAUUCUCUUAUACAAUCGAAUACUAACGCCCAUCCAUUAUCAAUCAUUCUUGAUGUAAAUUUUUGUGGUCAUUCAUCUAAUAUAAUAAGUCUUGGAACAGAUAAACGCUUAUGUAUAUGGACAUAUAAUUCACUUCAAUUAAUUUAUGAAUUACAUGAUAUAACAUCGAAUUGUUUUUUAAUACAUUGUACAAAUUAUUUAUUUUAUAUAAAAUCAAAUUCAAUUUAUAUUUAUGAUAUAUUUAAUCAACAAAAAUUACCAAUUCGACAAUUUAUUAUUCCAUUGAUUAAUGAAAAUGAUAUAGAUAUUGAUAAAAUUAUUUAUUCAUCACAUAUAGAAAUGUUUAUAUUUCAAUCUUCAAAUAUGGUCUAUGCAAUGCAUUUACCACAACAACUUUUUCUUGUCCGGUGA